AUGGCUUGCUUACGGCCACCUCAUGCCAUUCCUCGAUGUCGCCACCUUCUUAGCUCAAAAGGGUCAUCGCGUCUCCUUCAUCUCCACCCCAAAAACCUCCAAAAGCUCCCCACAGACCUCCCUCCCUCAAUAACCCUCGUUGAGCUUCCCUUGCCUCGUGUCCAUGGCCUCCCGGACUCGGCUGAGUCGACGGCCGAGCUGCCGACCAACAAGGUCCCGUACCUCAAAAAGGCCUACGAUAUGCUCGAGCCAGCUGUUGACGAGUUUCUUCAACGCUCUGGCGUGGACUGGAUAAUCCACGACUUUGCGUCGCACUGGUUGCCCCAAUGCUUCUUCUCUUUCCUCGGACCACCUUCCGUCUUGAUCGAUGGCCCGAGCCGAAGGCCGGAGGACUUUACCGUCAUUCCCGAGUGGAUAGAUUACCCGUCCAAGGUCAGGUUCAGGCUCCACGAGAUAGUCACUCACCAGGAUUGCAUGGACACCGGAGCUUCAGAUUUUCAGAGGUUUGAAGAGUCGAUUCGGGGUUCCAAGUCCGUGGCCGUGAGGAGCUGUAGCGAGUUCGAGGCCGAUCCGCUGAGGCUACUCCAGAAGCUUUACGGAAAACCUGUGGUCCCUGUGGGCUUAUUGCCGCCCCGCCACAAAUGCGGCAGGGGAGACGAGAGAUGGGUCGAGCUGAAAAGAUGGCUUGACGAUAAGAAAGAGAAGUCAGUCUUCUAUGUCGGGCUUGGCACCGAGGUUAACAUCAGCCGGGAGAUGAUGCCGGAGCUUGCGGCAGGGAUCGAGAAGUCGGGUUUGCCGUUCGUUUGGGUGGUGGGUCAGAGGCCCGGCCCGGAGAUUAUACCUCCCGGCUUCGAAAGUCGGGUCUCGGGCCGAGGUUAUUUGUGGAUGGGUUGGGCACCUCAGGCCGAAAUUCUCGCUCACGCAGCAGUUGGAGGGUUCGUGACCCACUGCGGUUGGAGCUCCGCCAUCGAGGCGCUCGGGCGAGGCCGGCCGCUGAUUCUGUUUUCUGGGGCGAAUUCCGACCAAGGGUUGAUGGCGAGGCUGCUCGAAGAGAGAGGGGUCGGGUUUGAGGUGCUGAGGGACGAGCUCAACGGGUCGUUCUCGAGCGACUCGGUGGCUGAGACGAUCAGGCGGGUCAUGGUCGAGCCGGAGGGAGAGGAGGUGAGGGCAAAGGCAUGGACCAUGAGGGACAUAUUUGGCAAUUUCGAGCUGCAAAACGAGUAUCUCGAGAAGCUCCCUCCUCAGAUCAUGUUAGCUUAG